AUGUCCGGAAAUCACAGCGAGCCAGCCCAAAUGGCCCACUUGGAAGAGACAAGGGCAGAAGACGAGAUCAACAAACUGAUUGCUGUACUGCGCGAUACGGUACAAGCACACGAGGACUCGGCGAGCCCCACCCCUGACGACAAGAUGCCCACCGCUAUGCCGCAAGACAUGCUUCCACAGACAACGAACUCAGCCCACGUUGAGACCCACCACGAUAGUCAAGACUCGAGGUAUAGGGAAGUCGCCAACGACGACUUCGAAGAGGAAUGGUGGGAAACAUGCUCUGAGUCAGACUCAAGUUCAGGCUCUGAUUCGUACUCAAUUGCCAAGUCUAGUGAGGAGGCUGAGGACGACGACGACGAGAUGUGGUCCAUAAGUGCCGCGGAAGAGAUUCAUCGAGAGGAGAUGGUCUUGAUGCCUCUGGCGAGACCACAAUUAAACCUGUUCAUCAACGGCCAUUUGCGCAGAUAUGCCAUGAUCAAUUGGCAGAUUGACUGCAUCGAGGCCCGUGAGGGCUGGAGAGAUCUUGAGGAGCAGGAGAUUCAAUCUCCUGAGAAUAUGUCUCUGCACACAGGAGAGACGACGGUGACUUUCGCACCAGUAGACACCUGGGGGGCAGAAAGAGAAAAACAGAACCAAGGGCCAGCCGAGCACCGGUGGUGA